ACGCGGGCGCCUUCCCAGGGAGCUCCAGGCUGAGAGGGACCUGAGACGCGGACGCCUUCCCAGGGAGCUCCAGGCUGAGAGGGACCUGAGACGCCGGCGCCUUCCCAGGCUGCCUCGCGCUGAGAGGGACCUGAGAUGCCAGCGCCUUCCCAAGGAGCUCUGGAGAGCGGCGUCAGGUUGGGGAGGAGAGGGUCUGCCAUCCUCCCCUCUCUACGGGGAGGGCUGCCUUGUGAUGGGGGCUCAGGAUCCACUCCAGGGCCUCGACCCCGAGGCAGAAGUGGGGGUGGUGCUUCCUGCCACCCCUCACCAGGCAGGGAUGCCAGGGAUUCCGCAGCCAGAGUCGAACCUACGUUUAUCUAAAUGGAAGGAGAGAGGCGUCUCUGGCCGGAAGAAGAGGGGAAGUGGCACCUCCCAGUGAAGAGGUCGUCCCCAAGCCACAGGGUGGCUGGUGGCCACUUCGGGAGGAGGCUCCGGGACCUGGGGAGGAAAGGCCAAGCGAGGCGGGUAUGCAUGCAGAGGACGCUCUGUUCAGAUUCCUCCCCAAAUAGGGAGCUCCAGGAGCUGCCCUGUCAGGGAUCUGUGGGGCAUGUGUGUUUCCUUUACCACCUCCGGCAACUGCGCUACAAUGGCAGUGAGUGGAGGGGAUGACCCCGCAGGACGAAGAAAACAGCAAGCCACAGUGGUUCGGAGGAAAGGCCGGCAGUGGCACAAAGUGGGUCUGCAGGGGCGGGCGAGCUGCAUCCCAAGCCCAGGAGAAGUCCGAGACACUGGGAGCUGGGCUGCCUUAGGAGGCUGCAGACAGAGGUGGGGCCACCAGUUCCAAAAGCAACUCCAAGACCUCAAGGCUGUCUUCCAACAAGCUCGGCCCUGGACGCACGUCCUCCCACCAGGCGGGAGCAGGGCACCCUUAGCCAGGGCUGCAGGGAGGGCGGGCGGAUGCCACGGAUGCUGGGCCCUGCUUCCCGAGACAGAAGCCCAGCUGCAGAAGGUCACCGAGAUUUGAUGACAGGGAGCACGUGAACUCUGGGCUCACUCCAGCCCUCCUGGCUGGCUGCCGAAUGCUGGCCGCAUGACAUUUGGCAGUUCACAACCCAAGUUGAAGAGGGGUAUGUGGGACCCCUCAACAGCAGCAAGGAAACCCGUGGGCCGUGGGCAAUGCCUUGGUGCAUUCAGGAAAAGGAUGUCCUACCUAGAAGUGGAAUCCAACCGUAUUAUCAGCCAAGAGUAAAGAGAAAAAGACGUUUUCAGACCGGUACAGAGGCUGCUAGAGGAAGUGCUUCACCAAAACAAGGCAUCAGCCCUGAAGGGGGACCUGGUGCCAGGAUACAGGAGAGACACAGGGGGCUCUGGGGAUGUGCAGAGGUGCUCCUGGGUGACAGUGCAGGAGAGCUGAGGGCUUCCAGGGGGGUCUGAACCAGCAUUCUCAUUGUAUGGAGAGAUUUCCAUUUCUGACUGAGAGGUUGGGAGAGAACCGAGGAUGGGUAUAUGAGCAAAGCCAUUUGAAAAUCAAGGCAGUUAUUAAUUCCAGGCAAAAUAUAAUUUGUAUAAGAUGGGCCAUGUAAUCACAAUGCAUUAGGCUACAUUGGCUGCUGACAAAGGCCAAAAUAAUAGUGGUCUAAAUAAUCUAGAAGCUCACUCUCUCAGGAAGCUGUUGGCAUGGAAGUGGAUACAGCAGCUCUGCAGGGCCAGGCCUGGCUGUCCUGAGCAUAUGGCAGGCAUCUGCUCACAAUCUGCCCACCAUCAAGCUCACACUUCCCUCGGGGGAGACCAGGGGAGGGGUGUCUUUCCCCAUCCCAUGUCCUGCCGGGAAGUUGUAUGCUUCAUGUCCACUCAUGGGCACUGACCAACGGCCAAAGCCCAGUCCCACAGCCCACUGCAGAGGAGGCUUGUGCACCUGCCCACAGGCCCAGCAACACUAGGAUUUCUAUAAAAGAUGUCUCAAGGCAACUGGAGGACGUUGGGCCUUGGAUGCUAUUAAGGGAUGACUGCUAGUUUAGCUGGGUAUGAUAGCAAUAUUAUGGUGAUACCGGUAAAAGCACUUACCUGUAAGAAAUACAAACAAAAGUGUUGAUGGAUGAGAUGACACAGUGCCUGAGAUCUGCUUCAGAAUAUCCCCCAUGUAUUUAGGUAUUACUCGUGUGUGAUUAAGAAGUAAAUUUUUUAAAAGAUCAAAGAAUUUCUCCUGCCACAUCUAGAAGAGGAGGCUGGAAGGUGAUGGGGGACCAGCCAUCCCUGUCCAUGGGCGUCCCCACAGCUGCUGUGAACACCCACAAAUGAGCUGAUGCCCACCCAGCGUGGGGCCCACCUCCACCUGGGCCAGAUGCAGGAGGGGCCCAGGGAAGGAAGCAAACAGCCCUGGAGGUGGACAUUUCCAACAGCCCCAAAUGGUCACCCUCCCCAGCAGGACAUUAGCAGAAAAUACCUAUAACUUAGAAAUCAUUGAAAAGCAGUGAAACACUUUUUUUUAAAUUGAAGGUGAAAACCAAAAGGAAGUUUAAAGAAUAUUCCAAGUGAGCAGAGGGGGUGGUGGGAUCACCCAAAAAUGCUACUUUGUGGUUAUGGUCGUUAUAAGCAUAAAAUAUAUCUAAAAUACUUAAAAGUUAUCACUUUAAUAAAAAUAAAACAACAAAGAGAUAGAAAAAGCCUUGCUGAAGCAAGGGAGGCUGAUGUGCACAGGACGAACAGAAGUGAAGUGAAGAAGAACAAGGGAAACUGUGUGGCCCAGGCCUGCGUGCACGCCUGGCUGGGUUUACCACCCCCGUGAGGGCCUCAUGCCACGCGUGGACACCGUCAGCCCAGCAGCCAGAGCCUGGCUGGGUUUACCACCCCCAUGAGGGCCUUGUGCCACACACGGACACUGUCAGCCCAGAGGCCAGAGCUCCCCAAAGCCAGGGCUGCCGCCUGGAGAACAGUUACCCUUGGGGUGGGAGCGGUACCUCCCACGAGCUGCAAUGGGGCUGUGUGUACCGCCGGCACCUGGCAUUGUGCAUUCCCCGUGUGUCCCAGGAGGACCCUGUGCGGUGACGGUUCCACACUUUCCACAUUUGCUUCUCCUGCGAGCCGCAGUGGGGCUGCAUGUGCCGCCGGCCCCUGGCAUUGCACAUUGUGCGUGUGUGCCAGGAGGACCCUGUGUGGGGACUGUUCCACAGUUUCCACAUUUGCUUCUCUGGUAGCAGGUGAGCUCCGGAAUCCCGUCAGCGCUACCUCCAUGGGUCUCCUGAAAUAUUCAACGAGUAUGAACAGGUUAAAAGUUUUAACCCCUGAAUAGCUGGGAUGUAAAAAAUGAAAUCUGGCAAGUGAUUAAACGAAAUUACAGACCUAAUUGCUUACACUUAAAAUAAUACUAAAGCAAAUGUGAGAUUGUGUUUAACUUGGAGGACCAGCACCGUCGGCAACGUGGUUCUGUUCUAAUUUUUCACCAGGGAGGGCUCUACAUUCCAGGCUGUUCAUGCAGCACUAUUAUGAAAUGAAGUCCUCAGUGUCUGUGAAGUUCAAGUGUUUUAAAUAGAGCAGAGGCCUCUCCAGGGAUUGCCCACCCCAUUUCCACCUCAGUCCUGUUGGCAAACCAUCCCUGCUGCCAUAAGCAGAGAGCAGGAGCUCCCACCUUCGGAUGCAGCGGCUAGAUACCAGGAGGGCCAUGGAAGCUGGGUCCCUGAGAGACUCCGAACCGCAGAUCCAGCUGGGGGAUGCCAGGCGCUGACGGAACCACGGGGCCCUAAAAGGCGGAAACCGUGACUCCACGGGACUCCUCUCUUCUGCGACCUGCUCCAAGGCUGCCCCUGUGCAGAGCUCGGCCAUGCGGCUGUGGCCCUGACCCCUCUGCCAGGCUGCCCGCACCACUCCGGGGGACAUGGUUUCCACUGUGGGCAGCUGGUGCAGUGUGACCGUGGUGCAGGUGGGGCCUCUGGGCAGAGGACAUCUUGGUAAACUGGGCUGCAGCAGGGCCCAGAGGUCAGGAUUGAGGGGAGGCCAUGCCAGGUGACCUCUGCGAGGACCUGGGGAACUGCACGCAAAAUCGCAGAAAGAGAAGGAUGUGGUUCUUAACCGGCUUCCACCCUGUCUUGCAGCCUCUGUGUUUACUUCCCAGUUGAUCUUUAAUUUCAGUUGCCAAAGCAGCUGUUUGCACCAUGCAGAUGAGUCCCAGGGGCCUCAGACCCGCCUAGCCGCCCGCCCAAGGCGAGAAUUGGGGCUGCGGCCAAGCUAGGCAGACGGGGUUGGGGGGCACAGCUCACAGGGCCCCCCACACUCUGCGCUGCCAAGUCUUCUUUUUCCAGUAGUCCCAAGCUAACUUGAAGAAAGAAAAAUAUGAGGGAGGGAAAGAGAGAAAGAGUGGUGAAAAAAUAUGGUCAUAAAUCUGGGACCUGUUUUUAUUGGUGCUUGUAUUUCAGAUUUCCAGUUUGGAAAAAUACUUUUUUAUGCAUCCCAGGCACCUUGUUGAUGGUGGAACGAUGAUGAUAAAUGCAAAAAGUUUUUAAAAGUCCUUUUUAUGCCCAGGAGAACAAAGUCUGGUACAGUGCAGCCACCUCAGGGCCUCAGUCAUCCUUAAAGAGGGUUGCCUUGUCCAAUUUAACUUUGCCCCAUGCCUCCGUACUGGUGUGACUCUGCCAGGAUGCCCUCGGUGCCCUGAGACCCCAUCCACGCCUGGCUGCGCCUCCCAGGUUUGUCUUAGGGAGCGGAGGUUGGCCAGGCGCCCUGUGGGAGGCUCAGCAGGGAAAGCGCCUGUCGUUGGGGAAUAGCUCGGGGGAAGCGCUUUCAGAUGAACUGCAGGGAACAAGUGGAGAGUGUGGACACUGGAGCACGGGGCAGUGAGAAGACACAAUGUGAGGUCUGCCAUCCGAACGUGGACCCUGCGUCCCCUGCGGUGGGAGGCCAUGAACACAAGGCUGAGUUUGCACCUCAGAUUUGCGCCAGGUGAUGGGACUUGCCGGAGCCUUCCUGCCCUGCCCGUAAAGAGACUGUUUUUGCUGUGAGUCUGCGUGCACCGUGGGUCUGCUGCGCCUGCAUAGGUGGGUUUAAUUGGCUCCAGGUGCACUGGCGGCUCCUCUCCUCCACUACGAUGUGGCGCAUGGAGUUAUGGGUGGAGCCCUUUGAAGCAGCUGCAAGUCAUUCUGUCGUAUAAACUGAAAUAAGAAGAGGGUGAAAAAUCCAAGCCCGUGACUGCCCGCUCCACAGCUGUGCUCACACAGCUCCACGAGACAGCCGCCCAAACAAAGCUACCUCCGUGGGCCUUGGCCAGCUGACAAGAGGAAGGGAAGGAGAUUAUUCUAAGCCGCAGGUAUUCUGGUGAGCUGGAAGCUGGCCGGGAGGGCCGGGCGCCAGUGACACCUCCAGCCAGCAGGCCCAUGCAGAGGCCCCGUCCCGGGAGCGUGCCCAGGGGCGAGGGGUGUCCAGCCACCACCAACCACCAGCCGCCCAGGAGGCAGAGGUGACCCGAGAGGGGGCUGCUCGGUUCAGGGAGGAGCCCAGCCCCCAAUGCAGGGCACGGAUGGAAUCUCUCAAGGUUCCCCAGGCAUCCUGCCCACCCAAGCUGAUUGCUAAGGUCAUCGAAACGGAGCAGGAGCCCAGGCCUAGAGUGUCCAGGUCAAGUGACCACCAUGAGUGCCUGAGAGGCCGGACGUGCAGGCUGGCUCCUGGCUUCCCACCUGAGUCUCCCCAGCCCCUUGCCUCCACAUCUGAGAAUGCCCGGUGCCCCAGCAUGGCGUUGGGGAGGCAGUGGUGCUGAGUGCCUGGGGCCAAGAGGAUGGCUCUGGGCCAGUCGGGUGCUGGGACAGUGGCUGGCAGGGGACCCAUUUGGAGAAGAGCCCACUGCUCUGAGCAGCUCCAGCUGCAGCUUCCGCCACCCUCUUGUGAGGGCCUGCCUGGGCCUGUGUCCAAAUCCCAGCACCACAGGCCAGAUGGCCAGCAGCUCUCACGGGGUGAGCACAGCAGAGGCCGCUUUUACACAGGGACCCCUGGGGCCCCCUCCAAGGGCUGCUGCCCGAGAGGCAGCAUGGCCCAUGGGGACCCCCUGGACUCGGCCUCUGGGGCCCACCUGGUGGUUUCUGAGGGUGCUGCGCUGUCCUGAGGCCACAGCCAACACCCACUCCUGCCUCCAGCCCGGUGUCCCUUCCCACUGUUAGCGGGGCCUGGGGGCUGAAGGGACCACCACAGUGCAGUGGGAGAGAGAAAGCCCUCGGCUUCACCCUGGGUAUGUUGUGGAGACGCAGAUGGGUCCGAGGUCAGACGAGGGUACUGGACUUGCCGAGGUGUCCACACUCAAAGGGAGCGUCUGGAGCGGGGGGCGGCGUGAGGGGUUCAGGGGCUUCCCAGGAGCAGUUCCAGCUGACAGAGCUCCAUGGAAAUCAGACAUGACGUUGGGGACUGCUGACCUGUGGGGUGUGCACCAGAACCCCACACUGUGGGAGCCUAGCCUUCCUCUCACUGGGUGGCAGUGGCUGGGCUCACACAGACCACAGCAGCGUCCAGCUCCCCGGUCAAGGAGAGACUCCUCCCCAGAGUGGGCUGCGGGGCCAGUGCCAGCGGUGAUGGGGUCCAUCCUCACUGUCUCCUGAAGGGCCCGGCCUGGCCUGGCCUGAGACUUUGAUCUCGGGGACGACAGCCACCAGCUGGAUGAACUGGCCGCGUGUCCUUCCUACUCUUCAUCUCCCUUCUCUUGCUGGGACUUCACGAGAGAGCCCGAGUUACUGAGUCAACAGGAAGUAGACGAGACUCCACGCAGCUCUGGCCCCCAUGGCAGGACCAGGAAGGAGGGAGAGGUGGCGCGUUGCCCGGGUGCUCAUGGACACCAGGUCUGCUCCCCACCCACUGUCGUCUGUGCCGUGCUGCAGGGGCCAGGUAGCCACAGGCAUUGUUUAGGCCCCGAGCCGGCCAGGCUGGAGUCAGGUCCCACUAAGCCGCAGGUGCCUCUUGCUUGGGGUGGGGGCUGAGGGGCGUCUUCCUGCGGCGGGGCUGUAGCUGGUGCCUGGUUCCCUCUGUCCAGAUGCAGCUCUGGGCUUGCAGCCUCUGCCUCCCUGAUGGGACAGCAACCCUGGGCAUCGCUGGAGGCUCUGAGGUCUGCACGGGGCACCAUCCCGUAUUCUGCAGGGUCCAGAGACACAGAGAGGGAGACCAGCCCAGCCCCAUUGUGGGAGAAAGGCCAGUGAUGUCCUCAGGGGGCUGAGGCUGGCAGCCACCUUCUACUGGACAUUACUGCUGAGAACUGGCCAGGUGCCUGCACUCACUACCAUGAGUAAUUGCCCAGUGGCCCAUGAGGUGCUGGCAGCUCCUCCAUUUACGAGUUAGGAAACAGGCACAGAGAGACCAGGUGGCCUGUCCCAGCAGCACUGCUCUGGCUCUUGACCACCACAUCAGCAGCAAAACCGCCAGGGCUGAAAUCAACACAGAUUUAUCCAUUCUCACCAGGCUGUGGGUGCCUUGCAGGUCUGUGCUCCUAGCUGGGGGCCCAGGGAGACUCUGCUUCCAGGAGGAACCCAGCUGCCAUCUGCAGGACUGAGGUCCCAUCUCCGCCCUGGCCUCACACAGGCCCUCCUGCCUGCCAAGCAGCAAGCGAUGCCGCAACCUCAGUCUCUCACUCUGCUCUCCGGUUCCCUAGACCCCCAGCCCAAGCUCCGGUGAUUACCAGGUAAUUCCUGUCCCAAGGCAGCCGUGCCGAGUGUCCUAACACAGUUGCCACGUGGCUCCGUGUCCUGUGCACAGGCCAGGGGUUCGAGUGGGCAUCAGCAAUGCUCACUUCAGAGCCCCUCCACCACGACGUGGCCACCGUGCACACAGCUCCGUGGCCAGCGCUGGAAACUGCGUCUCCUGCCUCCAGCUACGUUACUCGGAGAAGCAGGAACCUCUCCAUCCUCACUUUCUGUCUGCACAUCCGGGGCCAUCCACGUGCACCCACACCAUGUGCUCACUGUGGCCUGUCAAGAACACAGCGUCCCCCGCCCCUGAUUUCCCAGGAGAGUCGCACGUCCGUGAUGGUGGUCUCCCAGGCACACAUGGCCACGGAGCACGUGGGAAGACUGCACGCCGGGUACUGAGGCUUCCUGUGAAAAAAAGAACCUGAAACAAGUACUAAUUUUUUACGUUGAUUAUCAUUUAAAUCUGUAAUUUUUUUAUAGAUUGGGUUCAACAAAAUAUUAAAACUAAUGACACUUAUUGGCUGGGCGCGGUGGCUCACGCCUGUAAUCCCAGCACUUUGGGAGGCUGAGACAGGCGGAUCAUGAGGUCAGGAGUUUGAGACCAUCCUGGCUAACAAGAUGAAACCCCGUCUCUACUAAAAAUACAAAAAACUAGGUGGGCGUGGUGGCGGGUGCCUGUAGUCCCAGCUACUCAGAAGGCUGAGGCAGGAGAAUGGCGUGAACCCAGGAGGCGGAGCUUGCAGUGAGCUGGGAUCGCGCCACUGCACUCUAGCCUGGGGACAGAGUGAGAUUCUGUCUCAAAAAAAAAAAAAAAAAAAAACAACUGACACCUAUUUUUUAUUCUUUUUUUAAUGUGGACAUUAGAAACCUUAAAAUUGCAUAUGUGGUUCCCAUUAGAUUCCCAUCAGACAGCGUGUGUCUAGAAAAUGGCUGUAAAGUGUUCCACCUCCUGCUGAUUUUAUUGGAAUCGUGUCUGAUCUGCAGGACUAAACAUGUGGGCCCGGGGAACUGUCCACGCUGGGGCACGUGGAGUUGCUGAGGAGCAGGAUGGACAGCCACACACCUGAGUCUACCCACACAGGCCUAUGAGUAACAUGCACAUGUGUACCUGAGCACGUAUGUACCUGAGCACGUGUGCCUGAGCCCGUAUGUACAUGAGCACGUGUGUAUGUGAGCAUGUGUGGCGGUACCAGCACAGGGGUGAGCUGUGGCUUCACAGGCUUCUCGCUGCUGCAGCUGGAUGUGCCACUGUGGACGGUCGGGGCAGGGGCCUCCUGCCCUCAUGCUGUGCGUGGCAGCCACAGGUCCCCAUGCCUGCAGCCUGAGACAGGCGCCUGGAGUCGCUGCCUGGAGCAAGUGAGUUCUGCUGGAGAAAACGAUGUAGUACUGUGAGGAUGCUGCAAGAAGGCAACAGCAGAGUCAGAAGUUGAGGAGAAGACAGAGGUAAUGGGGAAUUGCUCCUCAGCAACGACACAUGAGAGUAGCAUGUGCAGUGAUCCCAGGCAGCUGCAGCUGUAUGGAUGCUACAUGGGGAACCCAGCUUCCAGACCUGCCCUCAAGGGCCAAGCAUCUCACGCCCAGCUUCAUUCCUCCCCAUCUUGAGGGUGCCGCUCUCAUGCUGCACAGGGUCCACCAGCCGUGCAAAGCCUGUCUUCAUUUUGUUAGCCAGAGUCCCAGGACAGGGGCUCACCUGACCCAUGUCACCCUGUGAUGAGGACAGGAGGGAUGGAGCCUUCCUUGGUCUGAGCUCGGGCUGCAGCCCUGCGGCCUCUCCCACUCCAUAUGCACGGCUGUGGUUCCCUCUGCUGGGCAGUCCCAGUGAACCCAGGAUUGGGGGGCCCUAUGACCUGGCUGAGCAGAGCCCUGCGUGUGAAGUGCUCUCAUGCAGCCUCAACUGCUGCCCUCACCCCAGGGCCUCCUGGAGAGGACAGAGCCACCAGCAGACAGCUUCUCCCUCACAGCCCAGGCAGCAUCUGUGCCCAGGGAGGCCUGUGCACCCCCGCAGGAGCCUCGGUCACCCCCAUUUCUAAGUGCCCCACCACAGGCAGCCCUCAGGAGCCCCCGUGUGCUGGCCACCACCGUGGAGGGCUUGGCAUGGACAGUAGGCUGUGGUAGGGGCAUACGGGGUGUCCCAUGGGGACCAGUGGGGGGCCAGCCGCCCCGCAGCAUGGGCUGACUCCUCCCUCCCCCAACAUGCUGCAGUUCCCACUUUGUUAAGCCCCUGGAAUGCAACCAAUUAAAGAGCCAUUUGGGUUAAAUGAGAUCCUGGUCUGAAAAUGCAGAUGCGUCUGGAUUAUUAAAAGGCCAUCAGUCACCCACGCAUUAGUCUGAAUAAGUUUGGUCUGCUUGAUUUUACUUCUGCUGGUCUGACUUUUGGAUGGGGGUCUAGGCAGGAGCUUCUGGGACUCCAGCAACCCUGAGAGAUGGGCUAAAGGUCUGUCCCCCCCUCACCUGCUUGGUCCUGCCCCUCAAGGUCUUCCUGAGCCCCAGGCUGGUGUGGACACAAGGAAGCCCCACUGGAGGGCCCUCUUUACAUGGGGAGGCCUGAACCCUGAGCAGUCAAGGAAGUUUUGGAAGUGAGUAGCUAUGGCUUCUUCACCUGCUCCUGCCUGGACGGCGCCCUUCAGAACCCAAGCCCAUCCGUGAGAUAGCACCCUCCGGGGCCAGACGCUGAGUCACUCCAUGAAGGCCAAAGGUGAGCACGUAGGGAUUUCUCUCCAAAGAGAGCAGCAGGUACAGACAUGGGUGUUGACACAGGCACACAUGCACAUAUGUGCACACAUGGCACACGUACAUGUGCACUGUGCACAUGCACACACGGCAUACAUAUGCACACAUGCACAGUGCACACACGUCAUAUGCUUACAUGCACAGCGCACACGCAUGGUAUAUGCUCAUAUGCACAGUGCACACGUGCACACAGCAUACAUAUGCUCACAUGCACAGUACACACGUACGUGGCAUACACUCACAUGCACAGUGCACACGGCAUAUACAUAUGCUCACGUGCACAGUGCCCACACGUACACGGCAUACAUAUACUCACAUGCACAGUCCACAUGCACACAUGGUAUACAUAUGCUCACAUGCACAGUCCACAUGCACACAUGGUAUACAUAUGCUCACAUGCACAGUGCCCACACGUACACGGCAUACAUAUACUCACAUGCACAGUCCACAUGCACACAUGGUAUACAUAUGCUCAUGUGCACAGUGCACACAUGUACAUGGCAUACGUAUACUCACAUGCACAGUCCAUAUGCACACAUGGUAUACAUAUGCUCACGUGCACAGUGCACACAUGUACACGGCAUACGUAUACUCACAUGCACAGUCCAUAUGCACACAUGCUAUAUAUAUGCUCACGUGCACAGUGCCCACAUGCACACGGCAUACAUAUGCUCACAUGCAUAGUCCACAUGCACACAUGGUAUACAUAUGCUCACAUGCACAGUCCACAUGCACACAUGGUAUACAUAUGCUCACAUGCACAGUGCACACACAUACACGGCAUAUAUACUCACAUGCACAGUCCACAUGCACACAUGGUAUACAUAUGCUCACAUGCACAGUGCACACGCACGGCAUACAUAUGCUCACAUGCACAGUGCAUGCACAUACACGGCAUACAUAUACUCACAGGCACAGUCCACAUGCAUACACGGCAUACAUAUGCUCACAUGCACAGUGCUUACAUGCACAUGGCAUACGUAUGCUUACAGGUAUAGUGCACAGUACACACAUGGCAUACACAUGCUGACAUGCACAGUACACAGCAUAUACUCACAUGCACAGUGCACACACAUGGCAUAUAUAUGUUCACAUGCACACUGCACACAUGCACACACAGGAUACAUAUGCUCACAUGCACAGUGCACACACAGCAUACAUAUGCUCACAUGUGCAGUGCAUACAUGCACACAUGGCAUACAGCCUGCAUAUGCACAUAUGUGCAGUGCAUACACGCACAUGGCAUACAUAUGCUCAUAUGUACAGUGCAUAUACGCACACAUGGCAUACACAUGCUCAUGUGCACAGUGCAUACACGCACACGGCAUGCAUAUGCUCACAUGCACAGUGCAUACUCACACAGUAUACACUCACAUGCAAUGUGCACAUGCAUAAGGCAUAUGUAUGCUUACACAUGCACACAUACCAUUCACAUGUAUAUGCACUCGGCUCAUGCACACAUGCCACCUACAUUCCACCUACAUGCACACAGGUGCACAUUCGCAGGCUCACACACUUCCUGAUGCCUGUGUGGGUGCCACGCCAGUCCUCCUUCCCUGGGGCGCUCCUGUCUGUCUGUAUUUUGGUUGUGCCCUGGGAGCUGAGAAGGUUCUGGCCUGUUUUCACUGGGAUUCAGAGGCGUUGUGGACCGCAGAACUGUGUCAGCCCCACCUAUCUUUUCCACAAAUGUUCUUUAUUAGGAGAACCUUAAUUGAGAACAUUAAGCAGAAACUGAAGAGAUUGUCGACUUAAUAGCGGAAACAGCCGCAGUGCACCUCGUUCUGAGGCCUGGGGCAGGUCCUUAGGCUCCUGCCUCAGCUUCCCCUCUGUGGGUCGGUGGUGUGGCCUGUGUGGGCUCUCGAGAUGAAUGCUAUGAAUCCCCGCGGGAGGGGCUGCUCUGUGCUAUUUCAGCAGGUUUUUCAUCACCUCGUAAGGGCCUGGAGUUGGGAGAGAAAGAGCAAAAUGAAAAGGCAUCUCUGAUGACAGCCACCACUCCCGAGCCCUGAGCCAUUCUCUCUGGGAGCUGCAGGAGCCACAGCCGCAUGUGCUGCAGAGGGGCUGCCUGUGUGCAGCCUGAGGACAUGGAGGUUCCAUGUGCAGCCAGAUGGAGUGGCCCUGUGGCUCUCCAUAGCCCUGAUCUGUGUCCCUGCACAGAGCUCAGAGAAGACACUAUCUUCUAGAGUGGAUGCCGGCCCCACAGAUGCACCUUGGAGUCCCCUUGCAGCCCACAGGAACCACUUUUUUAUGCUUAACCCAUUGUUUUAGGGUCCUGGGGCUGCCAGGUUAAUGUUCCACAAACUGGGGGACUUAACAAUUUAUCCUCUCAGAACCCUGGAGGCUAAAGUCUGAAACCCUGGCAUAAUAGGACGUGGACGGGAUAUGCUCCCCGGGUGCUCCUGGGCAUGGGCAGGGUGUGCCCCCCGGGUGCUCCUGGGCUUGGGCAGGGCAUACUCCCUGGGUGCUGCUGGGUGUGCUCCUGGGCGUGGGCAGGGCGUGCCCCCCGGGUGCUCCUGGUGGCUCCUAGCCACCUGUCCCAGCACCUGCUGCUCUCGGCUUCCCUGGUUUGUGCUGUUGCUCCAACCUCACCCUCUGCCUCCCAUGGACCAUGUUGGUCUCUUUCCUCUUAGGAGAAUGCCCGUUCCUGGACUUGGGCACCCCCCUAGUGCUUGUCUUGACCACAUCUGCAGGAUCCUGUUUCCAAAUGAGGUCCCACUCUCAGGUCUCAGGGGCCGGGACUUCCACAUGCUUCCGGGGACACAGUUGAACCCACAGCUCCCCCUCUGUGUUCCCAUCUUUCCCUACUCUGGAGUUCACAACACUUUUCUGGUGCAAAGAUGGCCCUCAGGCCCUGCCCCCAAAGGCCUCGUCUACACAGCACUCCCUGUCCCCGAAGGCCUUUUCUACACAGCAUUCCUGGUGGUGUUCAACCCAGCUGCACCUUGAACCCUGGGAGCCCUGAAGGGACCGAUGCCCUUGUGGUGGGUCCAGGUGGCCUGAGGGCUAGACAGGCAGAGCUUGUGUAGACGGGAAACCCCGGCUGGGAGCAGGCAGGCUGGGCAGGAGGGGCCGGGAGCCAAGCUACAGGGCUUAGGGAGGCUUGGGCCCACGUGAGCAGGACCCAUGCUGCUCGCUCUCCUGCCACUCCUCCUGCUGGCACUGGGUGUGCUGGGGGCUGGGCAGGUGCAUCCACUGCUCCAAAAAGCACUUGUUUUUCCUUUCCACUAAAGUGCCCCUGCACACCCACCAUGAUGUCACAUGCCUCCACAUGCUCCCCAUGUCCCCCUGUGUCCCCUGGCCCCCGUGUGCCCCAUCUCUAUGUGCUCCCAUGUGGAACCUCCCAGCUCACCUGGACACAUGAGUCUCGGGGUAACCAGUCCCCUGCAGACCUGCAGAAGCUUGGACAGCAAGUGGGAGUCGGCAGUCAGGCAGGAAACUCGGGGGUUUUGCACCUGGAGGGAAGCCCACCUGAUAUGAACAUGCUUUCGAAGCUUGUGGAUCGGAGAGGCCAGUGGUGCGCAGGAUGGUCAGAUCGAUCAGUCAGGACGAUCAUCAGCCCCAUUUCUCAGGUGCAGUACAGCACGUCUACGUCCUCCCGACACCGUGCGUGCAGCCGCACCAAAGCCAGGGGAGCAGGUGCGCUUCUCCAUGGGUCCUGGUUUAAAGCAGGUGGAAACACCACAGGCUUGGGAUUGAGGGGGUGAUGCCAAGAGGCUCAGGACAGAGCAUUGCAGGGGAGACAGAGGACGGACGGACUCAGGCCCUGAGGAGGGGCUCGGCCUUGCCAAGCAGCUGGCUCUAUUCAUUUAGCAGAACGGCUGCCCCACCCCUCUCCCGGACCCUGCACGGAGAGAGGCCACUGGGGCCGUCCCGCCCCGACUUCUAUUUUGUUUUCGCCAGAGCCGCCUCCAGCCUCCCUCUUCACAUUUUAUGUCAACUCUGGGGCCCUGCUGGCUGAAAGUGAGUUCUGUUUUCCGGCAGCCCUGUGGCUUUUGGACUCGGCCUUGAAAUUAGUUCAUGGCGACCAGGCACACAUCGCGCUGGGAAGCCACGUGGGAGCUGUGCGGGUGCAGCGGCUGCCGCAGCCAGACUGAAAUGUAUCACAGCGCCUGGGCCUCGUCAGGCCUUUAUGACAGAGUGUAAAGGGAGUUGCUGCUUAGUCACCAAUUUGCUUGGCAAGAUCGGGUGAAUUAGGAAACACGUCGAAGGUCAGACAGUAGGAGUUUGUCUAGACGCUCUAUUUUGGACUCGACGCUGACCCGAGGUGUUUCUGUAGCAACCUUUACAACACUGCUAUUCUGGCAAUAUUGGAGAAAACACAAUCCCUCCUAUCAUCAGGUAGGGCCCGCUGUGAAAAUCCUCGCCCCGUUGCCGGGUUUGCUGCGGCGCCUCCAACUCCAUUUAGGACGAGGAAGCCCGACGGGGAGGCCCCUGGGAGGGACCGGCUGCUUGGGCGGAGGCCAGGCCUCGGGAAGCUUGUCCAAGGCUCACGGGGAAAAGCGCCAAGAAAUAGAAGUGGCUCAUUUUUCCUCUGGGCCUGAGAGGAGGGUUUUGAUUUUACAGCCGCCCCUAGUCAUUUCUCACAGGUUUGAAGCAGACCUUUCCAGGGAGGGAGAAGGGAGGCGGAGAAGGGUGGGGAGAGGCCAUGAGGAGGCAGCCACCCCAGGGGAUCCCUGGAAGCCUAGACGUGCUCUGCCUGGUGGUUCUGUCCCCAGGUGACACAUGGCCAUGUCUGGAGGCAUCUGUGGCUGUCAGUCAUGGUACAGGGUGCUCCUGGCAUCGAGGGGUGGGGCUGCUUCCUUGUGCCUGUCCUCACUGCCCUCGCCGCCCUCCAUGUCUCCCUGCCACCUUCCCUGUCCCUGCUGCCCUCCUCACCCUCCUUGUCUCUCUCCAUCGUGCCUGAGGGCCCUCUGCCAGCUGGGAGAAGGGACGGCGCAGGCUUCAGCUUCCCUGCAUUUCCCCAGGAGUAGGGGAGCUACGAGCAGUCCAUAGGUUCCCUCUUCUCCUGGGGCCCCAGCACCAGAUCCUGGAGCUCUGGACCCCGUAGCCCUCCUGGGGCCCCGCAGGGGAGGGACGCAAAGGUGGCGCUGCAGCUCCUUAGCACGUGACCUCUGGGAACUUCAGCCUCUCCCACCUCAGUUUCCUGGACUCUGAAGGCAGGGCGAGUGACAUGAUUCCUCGGCAGUGACCCCAGGCCUCUGACCGCCCAGGAGAGUGAAAGUCCAGGACUCCGUGCAUGCCUGGGGACCCGGGCAGCAGGGGAAGAGAACUGCAGGCCUGGACGUGGCAUCUGCCCACCUUGCUGGUGAGGGGUGAAGGCUCCCAGGCCCUGGCCUCCACAUCCAGACACCACCCUCACCCGUGCAGGAGCAGGACUCGAACCCGCCUCUCUCACCUCCUCAUGGUGCAGAGAAUGUUCAAGUCCUGAUGUGGACUUUCCAGCUGCAGUAGAAAAUCCGGAGCUGGUCUCUGCCACCACUGCGACGGGCUCUGGCCAGAGCAGCAGGAGGGAGGUGGGCCCACGUGGCCGUCACCGUGGUUUGCCCACAGCUGCUGUUUCUGAGCUGUCACAGGGGCAGGGGCAUCCAGGCAGCACGCUGAGAUGCAGCCUCUGCUUCAGCCUGACAGACAUAUAGCUGCUUCUGGAGCACGCCCAGGGAAUGCCCUUUCUUCCUAUGGAUGCCAGCUGACUCACUGUGCAGACAGGGCCUGAACCAGACCAGAGGCACUGGCUUCUAGGCGAGGGACCUUCUCAGCGCGGGACCUGCAGCUGCCUUUCCCACACUCACACAGGCUCCUCCCAUUGUCCUAAGAACCCUGUGGAGGUACAGGCAGGGGUCACCCAAAUGCUGACUCAUGUGAGUCCGACAGAAGCACGGUGCCCGCCCAAGGAGUGUCGACCUCACGCCAGCCCCUGUGAUUAUUGUCCCUGUUACUGUGAGCUGCUCUGUUUGGGAGGGGAAGCCACGCGCUGGAGGCUGAGGAGCGUGCCUGGCCCUGCCCUCCAGCUGGCGUCCGUUCCACGUAUGAGAGCCUUGCCUAGAAGGCCCUCGGGGAGGGGGGCCCGCCUGAGCCCCCACCCUGCAGCUCCCCUCAUUCUCAUGCAGUGGGUCCCCUGUGCUGUUGGACUUGCAGCUUCUGCAAGCAAGAACCAGGUGACAUCCACUCCGUUCUCCAACAGCAGCUGUGGGACCACUUGGGGUAGCAGUGAAUGAAUGAGUGACAAACUGAGGAUGCAGAUGCCUCAGCUGCAGAGGAGCAAAGACAGACAUUUCAUUUGACUGCUCAGAAACCACAUAAGCAGGAAGAGAAUGAAAUGAAAUAUUUAAAGUGUUGAGAAAGGAAAAAAUAGAACCCAACCUAGAAUUCUGUACCCUGUGAAAUUAUCCUUUAAAGUGAAGGAGAAAAAAAAGACUUUCUCAGAAAAACAAAACUUGAGGGAAUCAGUUGUCAGUAUACCUGCCCUGUGAGAAAUGAGAAAGGAGGCUCUUUAGAGAGAAAGAAAGAGAAUACUACUCAGAUCCAAAGACUGGAAAAGGAAAAAGCUCAGUAAGAUAAACACUGUGUUCCGAUUCUCCACUGAUCUAAUAAGUUUGUCCAAACUAAUAGCAACAAUGCAUUUGGUCAUGUGUGCUUAUACACGUUAAAUAUGUAUGCUUGACAUAUGCUGAUGUGUGAGUGAAAUCAAUUGCAGCAAUGACACACAGGAUGGGAGGAAAAAAAGUGAUUUUGUUAUUAGAAGGUGUCACUAUCCAUAAAGUGGUAUUGUAUUAUUUGAA